AUGAGUGAACUACCUUUAGAGGACAGUUUAGCUUUUAAAAGGUAUUUAACUUCACGAGGUUAUGUGCUAGAAAAAUAUAAAAAGUCCUAUAUGGAAUAUGAGCCAAGAAUGAAGUCCAAACUGAACAUUAAAGAUAAACUUGAAGACAAAUUUCCUGCUAGAUGGGAAUGCUCAGUUGAUGGACAUAUUAAUCUGAAACACCUAAAAAUACAAGAUAAACUGCAAUUUUCGGAAUCUUUCAAGUCUACGGAGCUUUCGUACCGUGACCGCAACUUUAUUGACUCAAUAAAAAGUUCCGGAUCCUACGCAGAGCCAGUUUGGGGUUCCAAUGGGAAGUACUUGAAUCCUGCAGAUACUUUGUUGCCAGAAUGGGAGAGGCUUAAGAUUCAGGAAAAUGUUACGUCAUUUCGAAUGUUCCAAUCAGUAUACCGGCAUGGCUUUGAUAAUAAUUUGAUUUGUAUUAGCCAAAACAGAAUGUUGUUCAUUGCCUGUGGUUAUGAAUUUCUAGUGAUUGAUUUAUUACGAUCUGAGUUUUCGACUAAGUUUAAUACAAACGAACUGAGGUUCAAUCUGCUGGACUCGUCAUUAAUGUACAAUCCAAUUCCACUGUCUGCGUUAAACUUUUUUGGACAUGUUGUGAGAGAUUAUAGGGUUCAUUUCAUUAAGGCCUGCCAAUUUUACAAUGAAGAAUAUGUGGCCAUGUGUUGUGAAAAUGGCUACAUUAUGAUGUUUUUAGUGGAUGAAUUCAUAAAUUAUGAUAUGAAUGAGGACGAGAAUCGUUUUAACAGGCCAGUAAUGAAGCCUAAAUAUAUAUUAGAAGCCCAGGGCUCCUGCUGGUCUUUUGAUAUAUAUGAUGACGAUCCCAAUGUUAAAUACAUUGCUGCUGGCCACAAUGAGGGUAGUGAACCUACGGGAAUAACAUUAUUUGCACAUUCAACGGGUAUGAAUCGUUUUACAAGCACAGAGGUGUACAUUGAACAUAACGUACCUUAUGUAUCGUUUGUCAAGAAUGUGAAGCCCAGUGAUCACAUUGCUCUAGCAUAUGCGUCUAUCUUUGGAACUAUAGGCACUAUAAUACUGCAAAGGUUUAUUUACACAAAACACAAGGAAUAUAAACAAGGCAGUUCAAGAAUACCUUGGGAAUAUAAUGAUGAACAGAACUUCCCUAACAGCUGCUGGACCAUUAUACCUGUGAAGAAGUCAGACUUCCAUCAAGUUGGACAAUAUGAAUAUCUUUCAAAUAAUUUUAACAAUGUUCACAAGAAAAUAGAGCUUGGUUUGAUUUACCAGGAUAGUUUAUUGCUUUCAUGUUGCCCAAUGAAACCAAGCGAAUCCAGUGUUUUGGGAAUUGGUGCUGAUAUGGCUCAAAUUCUUGUUCCUACAAGCCAGCUUCAAUUACUUAAUGGUUAUCAGUGUUUGGGCCGCUGGGUUGAGUUUAAAUUCACCUGCGCAAACCUUUUAAAUGGAUCUGGCUGCUUAGUUCCUUACCAAGAGGCCAUGAUUAAAAAUAGUUGUAUGUCUUACAAUGAAGAAGAUAGUUGUUUCUAUUUCAUUCCUAAAUCUGAACUACCUUUAGGUGACGAGAAAUUAGAAACUGGGUUAAAGGAAGCUGGUUAUAGGAUUAAUCCUGAGUUCGUGAUAUCCCAUAAAAAGUUAGACCCAGCUGACGUGAAUGAUUUAUUUAAUUUUCAACCACUGGAAGCACCUAUUACCUCAUUUGCAUCUUUCCAACUGUCAUUUGACGAAGAUGUUAAGGAAAAAAGUCCAGGUGACUGCGAAUCAAUAUUGCAAUGUGUACAUGGCGCAAGUGAAUCUUUUGACCAUGCAAGAGGUGAACGAAAAUACCCUGACAAUACUUUCAAACAUAAACAUUACGUCAAAGUUACUAGAAAAUGGAUGACAGACGACUCAAUAUUUUUCCCGAACUUGGACGAAAGGCCGAAUAACUCUGCAAUAUGUGAUUUAGAUUCUGUUAUGGAUCGCAGUUCACUUGAUUCAUUAUCCCACUCUUCAACUCAUGAGGCGAGUACAAGCCCACAGAGUGAAGUUGGGUCUAUCAGUUCAAAAGAAUUUACAGAUAUCUCAUUGACCAAUCAUAUCGAGAAGCUUUAUAGAUUAUACUCAAACCUUAAAAAGAAUACAAGACAUAAUCUAGACGGUCCACAAUUUGAAAGCCCAGUUUGUCAGGAACAUUUAUUUCUUGUCACUACAAACACGAGGGUAUACUUAGUACAUUCGGAUCCUAUGAUUAUAAAGGCAAUGACAUUAAAUGAUAUUUUCCCAACAAGUGAUGUUACUACAUGUCACCCAGCAAUAGAAGAUUUGAAUCGUAUCUCUAUCACCUGCUAUAUACGGGAACUAUCCUGCUUUGUUGUGGCUUCUCAAAUGGGAUUAAUAUCGAUCUUGAGACUAACGCAACAUGAUGGCUUGUAUUCUUUUAGACAAGAAUAUAUUUUAGGCUGGGAACAUAUCCCACCUAAUAAGAGAGAUUCUAUGUGUAUGUCACAUUAUACUGUACUUGGAUUAGAGGGUUCGAAUUCAUCCUGUGGCUACUGUAACACCGCAUUCCCAUAUUACCAGAUCGAGGGUAUGGACUAUAUAUAUGUUGCAGAUGAUCCAAUAAAUAGCGUCGAAGAGUAUGUAGUGUUGUAUAUAUGGUACCGAGAUAAUUUGGCAAGAUAUAUUAUCAAGAAAUAA